AUGAACAAGAAAGCAACACAAAGGGGGACACUGGACUAUGUCUCUUCUGAUGGCAUCCUUGUUGCAAGAUGGAAGGACAACAGCGUUGUGACAAUCUUGUCCUCUGAUGUUGGUGUGGAGCCCAUGGGAACAGUGGAGCGGUACGACAGGGCAGCCAAGAAGAAGGUUCCCAUUCCUUGCCCAUCUGUCAUCCAGAUGUACAACAACCGCAUGGGGGGCAUUGACAAGAGUGACAUGUUGACACACCUGUACAGGACCCCCUUCAAAGCAAAGAGGUACUACAGGAGGCUCUUUGCUUACCUCCUUGACUUGAUCAUCUGCAACGCCUGGAUUUUGUACAAGAGGGAUUGCCUGGCUUUGCAGGAAAACCCCAAGCCGCUCAAGGACUUCCGUCUGGAUAUCUCCAAUUGGCUCAGAAGCUUCAAGUCGUCAACCUUCAGAAUAACCAGGAAUUCUCUUGGCACCAGAGAUUUUGCUUUGCCAAGAAGGGGCCAACGGGCAGUUGUGCCAAGUAUUGAGACACGCCAGAAUGCCACUGCCCUACACAUGCCAAAGCAUGUCUCCAUGAGGCAGACUUGCAAGUUCUGUUCUGGUGCAGGCCACAUCCACAGAUCCCGCUGGAUGUGUGAGGAUUGCAAGGUGGCCCUUUGCCCUACUGAAGAAAGGAAUUGUUUUGCUUUGUUCCAUAAGAUUUCGAAAUAA